GCAUAUUAGAGUGUGGACUAGCCUACAGCGAGGAGGGCAGAAAAAGGUCAUUUGGUUUAUGUUUUAUGAGACGGACAUUGAGGAAGAGUAAAUCCAGAGGGUGGCAGUAAUGCAACUUUAAGGAUGAUAACUGCCGUCAAAGCUCAAAGACGAAGAAGAAAAAGAGGGUACGCACUUUUGCUAUGACAAAUCCUUGGUACGCUUGCGAUAUGUCUAUGGGUACGCACGGCAUUUGAAGGCAACACAACAUGAACGUAAACUUCGAUCGGUGUGACAGAAAGUAGAGUGUGCGCUGGUGUAAAUCCGACUUGGGGAUGGCAACGUUGAGUCGUUUGGUCUAAAAGACCGGCGGGCAGUAGUCAGUUCGGUGGAAACUCUGGCUUGACCAGGCGAGUUGAGCCGACAUGGGGACACUGUGGUCUCGUAGCGACAGCAGCCUGUCGCUCCUCCCGGAGAGGCAGAGGUCCGAGCGGCGAGGAGAGGACAGAGAUUCCGACAACGACUCUUUGGAUGGGUUCGUCAGACGGGAGGACAUAGCUCAGUUCCCCUACGUGGAGUUCACCGGCAAGGAUAGCAUAACGUGUCCAACAUGCCAAGGCACUGGACGAAUACCCUCAGAACAAGUGAAUGAACUGGUUGCAUUGAUCCCAUACAGCGACCAAAGGCUGCGACCCCAAAGGACGAAGCUGUAUGUGGUCCUGUCAAUUGUGUUGUGCCUCCUGGCGUCGUCGCUCGUGGCCUUCUUCCUCUUCCCUCGCUCCGUGGUUGUGGUGGAUGAUGGGAUACACUCAGUGACUGUGCACUUUGACCGCUCCAACAUGAAGGUCCUAAUGAACAUGACGAGCACUCUGAACCUCAGCAACCCAAACUUCUUCUCGGUGCUGGUGCAGAGUGUGAACUGCCAGGUCCUUUACAUGAAGACUGUGAUUGGAACUCAGCAGCUUGACAACGUCACCACCAUCCUGCCGCUCAGUCAGAUACAGGUGAACUACACCGUCAGCGUGGCGAUUGGUGGCAGCGCGCCCUACGUCUAUGCCUUCUGCACCAUGCCCAGCAUUAAGGUGCACAACAUUGUCGUAUAUAUGCAAACCGCGGUGAAAACCUCAAACAUGGUGCGAACAUCCCAGAACAGCCUGGAGGCCUAUCGCUACAUAGACUGUGGUUCCAACACCACAUGGCACCGCCACCACUCAGCCACGUCCCGUCUCAACCUCCCUCUGCUGUGACCGAGCGAGCGAGUGGAACGGUCCCGGAAACAGGCGGCUCACUUCUCUGGAGGAGGUUGGGAGAUGUCGGUUGCACACUCCAGGAUGGAUUUUGCAGACAUAACCACCAGCAGCAAAAUACCAAACGGUGCUUUCUUCUAAGCUCGCACAGAAUAAAUAACAUCAAGACAGGAAACGGGGCUGCGGCGAGCUAUUUUUCUUUUUUUUUUCUUUUAACUGAACGUGGGUUUUUCAUCGGACAGCACAGAGGCAACAGAUAUAGGUUUCGUUGGCGGUUGCCGUCAGGCGUAGAUAUCUCUUCCCCUAGCAGCUCCUUGAGGUUUUAACUUGCAUUCGUGGGGGCUAAAGAUCGCCUGAACUCAUCGUGUCUAGAAACACGUUGGAAAAGGCAGUUCUGCUAUUUUAAACUUGCCGACAGAUUGUGUCACAUGCUCUGCUGGUUGAAAAUGGAGCGACAAGUUGAACGAGUCGUUGCCAACGAGCACUCUGUGGCCCUGUUUCGGAAGCAGGCGGAAUGUCAAGAAAGCUCUUAUUCUUUCAGGGGAAUGGCCGGCAUUCCAAGCUGACAAUGACGUGCCAGGGAUUUUUUUUUCUCAGUUUUUUUGCUAUAGCUUUAAUUAACAGAGCUCGGUCUGUGUCUGCUGCUGUCGUAACAUCAGGAGAGCAUUCGCAAAUGACUUUUUUUUUGUUUUGGAUUUGUAACACUGUUGGACUGAAGACUGCUGACUUUUUUUCUUUAAAAAAGAAAACGGAAGUGGGGGAGGAGCUGGCCUGCUGUUUUCUAUUUUAGAUUUAAUGCGACCACAGAAGGGAUAAUUCAACGAGUUUCAGUUUUUGCACAAUGGAAACGGACAUCUAGUUAAACCUAUUGCUUUCGCUGCGUUAAAAUUAAAUUGAAAAUAUAAUUUACACAUUUAACAUAUCACAGAGGUUUUUAAAUUAAUUGAGUUAGUUUUUUGGUACCUCUCAUCACAGCAAGUCUAAGCACACUGAUUUUAGAGUCAGCGUAAACAUCAUGUGUCAUAGAGAGAAAUACUGCUCUCAGACUACGUUUUCUUUGAAGUAUUAAUGAUGCUCGUGUUUAUAUUAACUAGGUUACCACGGAGUGAGAUCAUAAAUAUUUUUUUACCAUUUACACUCCUAAAUUAAGCUAAGCUACUGAAAGAGGAACAUAAUAUGUGCUGUUGAACAUCUGUAUACAGUAUCCUCUCCACCAUGGCCUUAAAAAUCCAGAUGUGCAACAGCAUUUGAACAUCAAGGCUGAAGGCGCCUCUUUGUCGUAUCAAACAUCUCUCAUCUGCGCGGAACAUUUCAGACCAGGAAGUACAUCAUCACGGAUCUGUCAAAAAAGAAAAGACUUCUGCUACUGUAUCGGCUCUGUAUAGAUGUGCCUGUCACCUCGGGUUACAGGGUUCAAAAUGAGCUUCUUCGUCCACCAGCCAAAUGGCCUGUGAAUGUUGACAUUUUUACCAGCCACUCCAUAGAUUACCGUUGUUGUUUUUUUGGGGCUGGUGUGUAAAGCACAUCUACCAACCACUUUUAGCAGCAUUAGGCGGAUGGUGCUAAUUUUGAACCCUGCCUCGGAAACAAAAUGACCGAAAGCAAUUGUGAUUUGACUUUUAUUUUUUUUUAAACGACAGUUGUUUGUACAUUUGUGAAUGAAAGAUUUUACCAGUGUUUUUAAAGGAAUACAGUAUAUUGCCAUGCUAAAACGAUAUUAAAGGGACAUGUGAAUAAAUAAAACUAAUAACCAAUAA